GGGGGAAGAGGGAAAGGGGUCGAGUCGGAUUUGACUUGACCUAUAUUCGCCUCGAUCCGUUUGAACCUAUUUACUAUUGGAUAUAUCCAUAUUUGAUUGAUAACCCGUCCAAAUAUACCAGAUCCGCCUAUUUGCCGCCUCUGCGUAGUCUCCUUGGAGUUUGAGCCGCGGAAGGAGUGACCUUAGCAACGUCUCGUCCUCUCCUUUUAUCUUCUCCUUAACCUAUCUUUAUGCGGUAUCAUUGUUCAGCUGCCAAAAUCCGAUUUAGCACAAAAAGGGAAAAUUGCAGAAAGAAAGGAUACCCUAUCAUCAUGCCUCGUUCAUCUGGUGGCGGCAGAGGAUCAUUUUCUUCUGCAUAUGCUCGUUCAGACACUACUAAAAAUGUUGCAACUUCAGUGGGUUUGUCUUCCAUGAGCAGAAACUUUGAAAGACUUACAGGGGACUCAAGUUCAUGUCAGGUUGUUUUUGACCUCUAUGAAGAGUGCAUGACCGCAAAAACACCUCUGUAUGGUGCAAGCACUUGCAACUUCUUCAACGAAAUGAGGGAAUCAUGCAGUUGCAGUGGAUUUAAGAGAGACCCACAUCGUCGCAGUUCAGUUGAAAUACAAAAAGAGUGGGAGAAAAAUACCCUGAGGAGAGCAAAUGCUGCAGGUUUUGCCACUAUUCAGGAGUACUAUAGAGACGAAAAUGAAAAAGAUCCUGCAAUGUGCAAUAUAGCUUUCGAGCUGUACAAUAAGUGCAUUCGGAAGAACCCCGGGAAUGAAGCUUUAUGUAAUUGCUACCGCAACAACUGCAAACAAUUUAAAAGCUAGGCUUCUUUUCUUUUCUUUUCUUUUUUGGUAAACAAAAGCUAGGCUUCUUAAUGUCAUUGUGUUCCCUUUUUUAAUUUCCCGACUAGUAUGUCGUAUUGUUACCUUACCAAACUGAAACCUAUAAAUUAUGGAAACUUUGUUUUGUAGUAAUUGUCCAGUCAGAUGAAUAUAUGUCAUCUGUUUGCAGAAUAUUUGAAAGUAUGUCAACAUCAAACAGGCUCCUAAGUUUACUAUCAA